CAGGAGCAAACACACUCCUGGGCUUGCACAACUGUCUGGGCUCGUGGAUAGCAGCAUUGGGGAGAGAUGUCAUUCACUGCUGGCACCUCUGCUUCUGCUUCAGGGCUUUAAUGAGACAACUCGCUCAACCCUGGAAUAAAACCACACAUUUGCUGUCUCAGUGCCCUGGACACAGACAAUAAGAGAUUGACCAGAUCCAAGCAGGAUGGCAACAAUCAAGGGUGUCUCAGCUUUCAGUGCUGAGCAAGAAGCACAGGCACUAAGGAAGGCCAUGAAGGGCCUUGGCACAGAUGAAGAUGCCAUCAUUGAGACCUUGACCAAACUGAACGUUUCCCAACGUCAGCAAGUUCUGAUCACCUAUAAAAGCACUAUUGGCAGGGAUUUGAUUGAUGACUUGAAGUCUGAGCUGAGUGGGAAUUUUGAAAGGGUGAUCAUUGGUUUGAUGACUCCUACCACCAUGUAUGACGUGCAUGAACUGAGGAGGGCUCUAAAGGGAGCAGGCACAGAUGAAGGCUGCCUGAUUGAAAUCCUGGCUUCUCGCACCAACGCGGAGAUUCGGCACAUCAAUGAGAACUACAAACUCCAGUACGGCUCCACCCUGGAGGACGACAUUGUCUCUGACACAUCCUCCAUGUUCCGCAGGGUCCUCGUGUCCCUCGCCACGGGUAACAGAGAUGAAGGAACAUUUGUGGAUGAAGCCCUUGCUCAACAAGAUGCUCAGGCCCUGUAUGAAGCUGGGGAGAAGAAAUGGGGAACAGAUGAGGUGGAGUUCAUGUCCAUCCUCUGCACAAGGAACAGGUGCCACCUGCUCAGAGUUUUUGAUGUGUACAGAGUGAUUGCUAAUAAGGACAUCACAGACAGCAUUAAAUCUGAGAUGUCAGGAGACCUUGAGGAUGCUUUGUUAGCUGUGGUAAAGUGCAUGAGGAAUAAACCUGCUUAUUUUGCUGAAAGACUGUACAAAUCCAUGAAGGGCCUGGGCACUGAUGACAGCACACUGAUCCGGGUGAUGGUGUCCCGUGCUGAGAUAGACAUGCUCUACAUCAGGAGGGAGUUCCUGGCCAUGUAUGGAAAAUCACUGCACUCCUUCAUUAAGGGAGACUGCUCAGGGGACUACAGGAAGGUUCUGCUCAGGCUGUGUGGUGGGGAGGAUUAAAGGAGGCCUGGAGAACCUGCUGGGUGAUGGCAAGCAGCUGAUCAUGGAAUGGUUUAGGUUGGAAAAGGCCUUUAAGAUCAUCGAGCCCAAUCAUGAUAAAGAUUUCUUCCUUUUAUUUUUUUUUUCCCAAAUGCCUUAUUAAUUACUCUGAUUACUGACUUAGGUUAGUUCAUGUUCUGGUUAGAUAGUGGCCAUUCUGGUUGACCCUUUUGAUACACUUUUAUGCUUGGAACACCCAUUUGCCUACUAACUGGGCUGGUGAAGCCCAACUUACACAGAAUGCUGUAACCAAAGGUAUAAAAGUUGUUUCCUGAGCAGCUGCCCCUCUGCUGUUGUGCUCACCAGCAAAAUGCAUCAACUAAAGCAAACCUGAGAGUGAGAGGCUGCACAGGGAAAAGCCAACCUCCUUGGUACAUGGAGACUGCAGAACACGGGUUUGCUUCAGUUUUUCAGUAGAAUUAAAACACAAAGAAACCAAAUAUCUAAAAUACAAACACGUUUACAUAUUAACUUGCCUCUGUUAGUGUGGAGCAUUAACAGCCUGGCUGUGCUGUGUGUAUAUGUUGCCUGUAAGUGGGGAAUUGUCACUGGUGACAUGAGAAAAACCCUUUUCUGCCCUGGUUAGAGCAGCCCUGUGAUUUUGGCCUGUCUGCUGGAUCAUGGGAAUAUAAAUAAUGUGGGUUAUAUUAUAAACCUGCUCUGGAUAAAGUGCUGUCAUUGGAAUGGUGCCUUUUAAAGAAUGACCUGUCCCCAAAACCCCACCUCACCAGCCUGGUGCUGGGGCUGGGCAGAUUUUCCUGGGAUACAAUCCCAAAUAUCCCUGAGGGGAUUCCCCAGAGCUGCCUGGGACAGCUGCCCACAUCUCCCCAGGCUGACUGCCAGCUGCCCUGUGUCACAACCCCAUAAGGGACCUGUGUUUGUGCCUGGGCCUCACGGGGAUGUCCCCAUCAGCCUCUGGCAGAGACUUCUCCCCCAGACCCUACACACUGUUCACUGUUUGCCCUCCAAAAAUGGGACUCUGCUUUGGCUUAGCAAUUUAUUUUUUACUGCCGGUGGAUAAUCCUGUUGUGAAGGAUCAGCCUGAGGCUGCUUUGGCAAAGCUCCAACACUGAGAUGGCUACACCCCAAUCCCAUCCCUCAUUUUCCUCUAAAACAGGCUGCAGGCUGGAGUAGGAGAUGCCUCUGUGGCCUCCAAGAGAAUAAUUUCAUUGCUCGUUCUCUGGGCUGCCAUUGGAGACACAUUCCUGAGUUUUGCCGGCAGAGGAGGCAGAGCUUUUAUCCAGUUCUGAGGGGGAAAAGCCCAGCCCAGCCCAGCCCAGCCCAGCCCAGCCAAACCCAGCCCAGCCCAGCCCAGCAGCUGCAGAGGUGCUGGCUGCGGGGGUUUCAGAGCGCUGGAAAAUAAAAUGAAUAAAGAAUUUGUUUGUGUACUUCCCAUCGCGGUGGUGUGUUCUGGGAGGGGACACGGCAGGAAUUUGUUUGGACCGCAGCUCCUGGAUGGGGAGUGGCCGCAGCGCUGCUUCUUAUGCUAAUUCAUCCAUGGUUUUAGUCUUCUUUGUAUCCUUUUCCUCCGAUAAGGACUUUCCAACACAUAAACUCUGAUUUUGUCUCUU